UGAGGAGUCUCGCUUCAGGUGUUAGAGUUCACUCCAUGUGCCCCGGAGGAAUUCUCGAAACCUUGUCAUAAAAUCGCAGUUGAUGCUAGAUACCAAGACAGUCAUGGAGGGAGACGCGGACUGUUUUGAGACUGCGUGUCAAUAUCAGAGCCCGGAAUACGCUCCGAAUCCACCUGCCUGUGUGUAUGCCUGCAGUCCGCAGAGCUCUCUCCUCAGGUCGUGCUGCGUUGAUUUAAAGGAACAGAGUGACACGGAUUUCAGCCCUUACCAGAGCUCUACAGAUCCGAGCUGUGGCUAUAUUUCACAGCCUAACUAUUUCGACGCCGAAUAUGGGGGUAAUCUCCAGCUUCAGAGCCACUACCCGUUCCCUUGGAUGAAGAACACCAAAUCACAUACUUGGAGAAAUCAAUGGGGAGGAAACAACUUUCCGCUGGACGCUGAGGAAUGCAAACGGACCCGAACGGCCUACACGAGAGGCCAACUUCUGGAACUGGAGAAGGAGUUUCAUUUUAACAAAUACAUCUCCAGACCCCGGCGUAUUGAACUCGCGGCAAUGCUGAACCUCACCGAGAGGCAUAUCAAAAUCUGGUUCCAAAACAGAAGGAUGAAAUGGAAGAAGGAGGAAGCAAAAAGACAGACCAAGACCAAUUUAAGCAAAGCAGAAGCGGCGCUGCACGACAAGUCUUCAGGAGAUGCCAAGGCAGGGGGUAACUCGGGGGCUUCCUUCAAAAAGGACAAUAAUUUUCCUCUGACUGGAGUCAACCGCGAUAUUGGACAUCUACUAAUCACAUAGAAUGCGAACCUAACAUGUCCCCUUAGAAGUAUGUCAAUUGAUUUGUUUUAAUCAUUCCCAGGCUGCAAAGGAUUUGUUGCCUGUCCCGAAUCCCUUCAGGAUGGGAAAUAUUGUAGCAUAUUUUAUAAUCAAUGGAACAAGGCCGCACGUAAACCAUUUAAGUAUUUAAUAUAUUGUAAAAAAUAACUAAUCGUUUGAUCACAGAAUGCGAUUUAUUUAAAUAUCUGACAGCAGAAAUUAUUUCUGCCUCAAUAGGACAGCCUCUAGAGACAAGCACCUGCAAUUACAUGAGUUUAUGUACACGAUCGGGAAUAAAUUGUUAAUAAUUCCUAGAUUUUGAUUUUGGUUUUCUCUCGAGUUAACAUCAUGUUCGAACAAAUAAAAGGACACAGAGGAAAUUCUCAUAUUCUGUUUUUGCAAAUGUUGCACACGGCUGACCAAAGCUGGGUCUGAUACUAGU